UUUCCGCUAUGUUUACAUCCUCUGCUGCUGUUAUCAUCUGUUAUCUCACGAGUUGUGAAAUCCAAAUGUCAAUUUCAAUUUCCAAAUGUAAGCAAUUUUAAUUCUUCCAGUUCAUAGUCAGCAAUUUAAAAGUUUAAUCUUCGAAAAUUUCCUCGUUUUGGUAUUCGUAAAAUGUGCGGUGGCUUUACGUGCUCGAAGAAUGCAUUGAUUGCCCUAAAUAUUCUAUACAUUGUGGUUGGUUUCAUUUUGAUUGGAACAAGUGUCUAUGGCCGUGCAUCAGCAGUCAUCACAAAUUUACCCAUUGUCGGUGGUAUAUUUGCUUGUGGCGUCUUCUUAAUUUUCAUCGCUGCUCUUGGUCUAGUUGGUGCCGUCAAACACCAUCAAGUCAUUCUUUUCUUUUAUAUGAUCAUUUUAUUUAUUCUUUUCCUUGUACAAUUUGGAUUUGCAACUGCUUGCCUCACGGUAUCGUCGGAGCAACAGGAAGAAUUAGCCAUUCAGGGAUGGAAAAACGUGAAGCUGUCGACAAAAACAGAAGUUCAAAAAAUGUUGGGUUGUUGUGGUUUUGAUAACAGAGAAUUCAAUUCCACAGACCCAAUGGGUCAUCCUCCUUGUACCAUUGAUUGCUGUGCGAUUUAUAAAAGUUGCGUCUGUCCACCAUGCAAAGACAAGUUGAUAAACACGAUGAAUUAUGCUUUCGAUCUUUGUGGUGGGCUUGGUAUGUUCUUCAGUUUCACAGAGAUUUUGACGGUGAUAAUUGCAUAUCGAUACAAAAACCAAUUCUACUGCAAGGGUAGAUAUGAAGAACUCAUUGUUUUUCAAUUCCGUGUUUGUUGAUCUCAACCAAAUGUCUCAUCAUACGAAAAACAUGAUUUGUUAUGCUAGAAGUGAAGGUAACUUCUUAGUACCUACUGUCACUUAAAUUGGAUCGAUCAACAUUGAGUCUUUGUGGGUGUCUUAGACAUAAAUACUUAUUUUUCCGCAUUAUAUGAUUAGCCAAAGCAAAGAAGUAUUUUUUGUGAUGCUUUGAAUAGUUAUAUGAGCUCUUUAGAUCGGAUUAAGUUUCUACAGGGAAAAGUGGGUACAUUGCUCCACUUCAAAAUUUUCUGUUACAUUUCGUUCAGUUACCUUAGAGUCGGAGAAAAAUCAUAAGCUGUUAAUUCAGUAUAUUUUUUGUGCUCUUUGUAAAUGAUAGAAUCUGCAUUGAAAUUGAAAGAAAAAUGGCAGGCAAUUUCAAAGUAGAGCCUGAAACUUACAUUUUCCAUCAAGAAAGAAUUCAUGCGAAAUAAGGAGGGAUUCUUUUAAGUGAAAUGGAAAAAUUGCCAGUUUGAUUCCUACAUUGAGCUCAAACACAAAACAAGGGGUCAGAAUAUUUUUUGUUGCUUUAUAGAAGUUGAUUAACUAAUUUUGCAUGAGUUCUAGGAACGAUUCUAAGAUAACUUUGUGCGUGUCCCCGUUAACUUUAAAAGCCAUAAUUUUUUACUCUGUAAACUUUCUAGAUUUUAAUUUCCCACCUUGACUCGCUUUAAAACUGGUCAGAAUGUUCCGAUAAAGGCUGCUUGAAAAGCAAUGGAACAAUUUUUUUAGUUCAAGAUGUUAUUUAUAUUUUAAUGAGUGAUGUUCAAAAUUUUAAAUUUCACUUCAAUCAUUCUGUAAUGUGUGCUUUUAUGAAUUUUCUUCUCCAUAAAAUCUAGUCCUUUGCUACUUAAUGUUCCUGUCUAUAAAAGUUUCUCAUUUUAUUUGGAAUAAAAUUAUGUUUUAAAGUUCAUUGAAGUCCCAGGAAUUAGGUUCCUCACAAAAGUCAAGGAAGUAUUCAGUUUGUAUUUUUCCGUGAAAUUUUUGAUUUUAAGCAAUGUUUAAAUCAUUGCCUUGAUUUUAAUAUUUACAGUCCAUUAAAUGUGAUCAUUUACAUAUGUUUCAAGAGAACUCAGAGCUCUCUAUUCCGAAGGGAGGAGUCAAAAAAGAACCAAUUGUAUCAGAUCUCUCUUGGUGUUAAUAGGAAAGAAACUUUUCGUCCAACUUUCAAGAAUUGCAAAACUUCAAAAGGAAUGAUUUUUUCACUUCACAACGAUGCUGGUCUAACUAAAAGUUAAAAAAUGCUCUAGUCCUAUGGCAUUAUUAUUUCAUUGUCAGCCAAAACUGGCUGAAUUAAAGUUGCUUCAAGCUGUGCAACUGCUUAUCAGUCUUAUUUCAACCUAAAAGCUUUGGAAGUACAGUAAUACCCCUUCAUUUGGUGCUUUGACGGCAGUUAACACUAGAAAUGCUGUCACACCAAGCAUUAUAUUAUAUGUCUUCCAUAAUCAAUGGAAAAGUAAUGCUAUAGUCGUUGGUACGUGUGAUAUUGCUUGUUUUUCACUGCUUCACCUUGUUGCUUUAUUAAGAUUAUUUCUUCUGAAUGAACGCUCACAUAUUGAAUAUCCUGAGAAUCACAUCAUGUAUCUUGAGGAUAUGAAUGCUAACAGUGAGUGGUGCAAAAAAAUCAGAGCGCUGAACAAUUGAUGGCCAUGUUGUUAGGGUAUUACUGUAUUUCACUCAUGAAAGACAAAUGUUUAUUUAAAUAUGAGACUUCAAUGGACUUGGUUAGUUCGAAAAAUGAUCUCAAAGCCUAUUCUUUUUGUUCUGAUUUAAUCUCUCUUUUAUUAUUCUGGUACUAUUGUAUUGCUUGUGCAAAACAUCUUAAAAAAUAUAAAAAAGUCAACAAAUAAAAUAUUUAUUGAAAAAA